AUGAUUUCUAAUUAUCAUGGAUAUUAUACUACUAAUACAACAAUGCCAUCAUCAUCAUAUUCACCUUCUCCAAAAGAAGGAACUGAUGAAAGAAGAGAUGAUGAAAGAGAAGAAGGAAAAGAUGGUUUAAGAGAUGAAGGAAUAAAAACACAAUUCAUAACACGUGAGGGAAUUUAUAAAAGUCAAUGUAUGGCAGAGUAUAUUAAAAUUGCAACACGUCUACCAACAUCACCAGGACAAACUUCAACAACUUUAUCAACAUUAAAUGUACCUGUACGUGUGUCAAUGUCCUCUAUAGAUGGAGGAAAUGAUUGUCGUAUUGCAUUUAAUAUUGGAAGAGAAUUAUUUAUAUAUGAAUAUAAUGAAAAAAAUCAAUCAAUAGAUCCUUCAAAGCCAUUAGAUAAAAGAAUUUAUAAAGGAACAUAUCCAACAGCUCAUUCAUUUAAUAAAUAUAUAGAUAACGAAGAAAAUUGUACAAUAAUUAUUGGAUUUUCAGCUGGACAGAUUCAACAAUUAGAUCCACUUCAAAAAGAUAUUCAAACAUCAAGAUUAUUUAAUGAAGAUCGUUUAAUUGAUCGAACACCAGUAACUUGUAUAAAUUGGAUUCCAUUUGAACAAUCACUUUUUGUUGUUUCACAUUCAUCUGGUAAUUUAUAUUUAUAUGAUACAGAGAUAACAUGUUCUUUGACACCUCCUAUAUAUCAUGUUAUUAAAGGAGGUAAUGGUUAUACAAUUUAUAGUAAUAAAAGUAAAGAAAAUCGUUUACCAAUAAAUCCACUUACAAGAUGGAAAAUAGGUAAAGGUUCAUUACAUCAAUUUGAAUUUUCAAAAAAUAAUAAUAAUAAUGAAAAUCUUCUUCUUGGUACAGUAAGUCAUGAUGGUUUUUUAAGAAUAUUUAAUUAUACUAAUAUGGAAUUAAUAAUACAAAUGAAAUCAUAUUUUGGUGGUUUAUUAUGUCUUGAUUGGUCUCCUGAUAAUAAAUAUAUUGUUACUGGUGGAGAAGAUGAUAUGAUAACUGUUUUUAAUGUUAAUGAAGAAAAAGUAAUAGCUAGAGGGCAGGGACAUAAAUCUUGGAUAAGCCAAGUUAAAUUUGAUCCUUACAUGACAGUGACGGAAGAGGAAGUAAAAAGAAGAAGAGGAAACAAGUUUUGUAGAACAACGGCUGUUAAUGAUGAUGAGAUAGUAUAUCGAGUUGGUAGUGUUGGUUUUGAUGCAGAGAUAGCAUUAUGGGAGGUAACGGAAGAAAUAUUAACAACACCAUUUAAAAAAAAUAUACAAUCUAUGCAUUAUAUACCUCAUCAACAAUCAACUAUUUUAUCAGAAGAUGGAGGAUCAUCAAAAAAGAAACAACCAAAGCAUCAUAGAAAAGUAUUUAGUUUUGGAAUAAAAAGUGGUAAAGAAUUAACAAAUAUUGUAUAUAAUAAUAAUGAUGAUUAUAUUGAUGAAAGUGGAAUGAAUUUAUUUGGUACAGUUUUUUGUCCAAAGAUGGAUCAGGUACCAGUAAUGGAACCAAUGAUAUUAAAAAAAAUUUCACAAGAUCGUCUUACAUCAUUAAUAUUUAGAAAAGGGUGUAUGAUAACAGCAUGUCAAGAAGGAAAUAUUUUAGUAUGGGAUAGACCAAUAUAA